GCUAUUCAGCUGCUGCAUUGCCGAGCCGCCUCAGCAUCUGCAUCAAUCGCCGCUGGAGAAUCUGGUGGACUAUGGCAAGCUGAAGAUGGGCCUGACUAGUCUGCCCAAGCGCAUUAUGUUGCGGCGGCGCGAUGAUAACGACCUGCUCAAUCUAAAGCCGGAAUGUGGACUGCCGCGCAUACCGCAGAACACGCUGCAGAAGCGCAUCAUUGGCGGAAGACCGGCACAGUUUGCCGAGUAUCCGUGGCUGGCGCACAUACGCAUCGCGGAGUAUCAAUGCGGCGGUGUGCUGAUAUCGGCGAAUAUGGUGGCAACGGCGGCGCAUUGCAUACAGCAGGCACAGCUGCCCGAUAUAACAGUGUAUCUGGGCGAGCUGGAUACACAGAAUUUGGGGCAUAUACAAGAGCCGCUGCCCGUGGAGAAGCACAGCGUGCUCCAGAAGAUAAUCCAUCCGCGCUUCAACUUUCGCAUCACACAGCCGGACCGCUAUGAUCUGGCGCUGCUUAAGCUGGCCCGGCCGACGGGUUUCAGCGAGCACAUCUUGCCCAUAUGCCUGCCGCAAUAUCCCAUAAGGCUGGUGGGACGCAAGGGACUGAUAGCCGGCUGGGGCAAGACGGAAGCGCAUAUGGGUCAUGCGGGCACCAACAUGCUGCAGGUGGCCAGCGUGCCAAUCAUAUCCACCCUGGAUUGCGUGCGCUGGCAUGAGAGCAAACAGAUCAGUGUGGAGAUCAAAUCGGAAAUGUUUUGUGCCGGUCAUUCCGAUGGACACAUGGAUGCGUGUUUAGGUGACUCGGGCGGUCCGCUGGUCAUCAAAGAACAUGGUCGCUUCGUGCUGGUGGGCAUUACGAGCGCCGGCUUUGGCUGUGGCGUGGAUCACCAGCCCGGCAUCUAUCACAAUCUGCAGAAGAGUCUGCGCUGGGUGGAGGACGUGGUGGCGCGCAAUGAGCCAUACCCGUUCGCCUGUCGCGCUCCUCGGCAGGAGUCGGCCCCAGCCAUGUCGCGGGCACGAACAUAUACCUAUUAUCGCAUAAAGGAUAAGUGGCUCAGCCUGCUGCUCAUCUGUGUGCUCACGCCCAACAGCGUCUGCGCCGUGGGCUAUCCGACAGCACAGCAGGAGCACGACAUGCUCAUACUGGAUGCGCUGUCACGGCGCAGCGGCACCGGCUAUUACGGCGAGAACAGCGUCAUGGAGAUGCUAUCCCGAAUGAUACCGCAGUCGUGCCGCUUCCGUGGCCACAAAUUCGAGUGCGGCCUGUCCAUCUCGUGCGUCUUGGGCGGCGGCAAACCUCUCGAUCUCUGCUCCGGCGGCAUGAUCUGGUCAUGCUGCGUGGACAAAGACCUCGACGCCGAGGAGAGUCCCCAUGCAGCGCCGAUCAACAAUACAAGUGACAUAAUACACUUGCACGACAUUUAUCCCGACUUGUCGCCUGCUGUUAGCAAGCCGGCGCAUCAUCCAGCACACCACCAGACGCAACACAACAACCACAAUAGCAACAGCAACGGCCUGCCAGCGGCCUCGUCAGCACGGCCGGCCUAUCCCAGCCACGCCUAUUAUAGCACAAAGCGCCCAGCGCUCUACAACGGCAAUCCCUAUAAACCCAGCUCCAGCUCCGGCUCCGGCUCCAGCUCUAGCUCGUCUGUACACCGGCCCAGCGUCUCGAGCUUAAACAGCUGGGAGCAUGACUCGAAUCACUUGGGCAUCACCAAUCAUCUGGACAGUUUCUUUGAUGCGGAUGCACCGCCAGAUGGCGCUGUUGCAACCCGACCACCAGCAUUACACGCACCCCAGGCACAGCCCUUCGCCGUGGGCAAUGUGCUCGAUCUGAAUGCCGGCGAGGCGGUGGAUGAGUACCAAAGUGGUGGCUACAACGACGGCAGCUAUCGUCCAGUGCCGGGCUGCGGCGAGGUUUUUUCGCGCACCAAUCGCAUUGUGGGCGGCCACUCGACGGGCUUUGGCUCGCAUCCCUGGCAGGUGGCGCUCAUCAAGAGCGGGUUUCUCUCACGCAAACUGAGCUGCGGUGGUGCAUUGAUCUCCAAUCGCUGGGUGGUGACAGCCGCUCACUGUGUGGCCACCACCACCAAUUCGAACAUGAAAAUUCGGCUGGGCGAGUGGGACGUGCGCGGACAGGAGGAACGUCUCAAUCACGAGGAAUAUGGUAUUGAGCGCAAGGAAGUGCAUCCGCAUUAUAAUCCAGCCGAUUUCAAGAACGACGUCGCACUCAUACGACUCGAUCGCAAUGUGGUUUACAAGCAGCACAUCAUACCCGUCUGCCUGCCACCGCCCACCACCAAGCUGACGGGCAAAAUGGCCACCGUUGCGGGCUGGGGGCGUACGCGGCACGGCCAGAGCACUGUGCCCUCAGUGCUGCAGGAGGUGGAUGUGGAGGUCAUCUCAAAUGAUCGCUGUCAGCGCUGGUUCCGCGCCGCCGGCAGACGUGAGGCCAUACAUGAUGUCUUCCUCUGUGCCGGCUAUAAGGAGGGCGGUCGUGACUCCUGCCAGGGCGACAGCGGCGGGCCGCUCACGCUUACAAUGGACGGCCGCAAAACGCUAAUCGGACUCGUCUCCUGGGGCAUUGGCUGCGGACGGGAGCAUCUGCCGGGCGUCUAUACCAACAUACAGCACUUUGUACCGUGGAUCAACAAGGUUAUGGCCAACGACAACAAUGCGUGAAUACAGUUUCCAUAGCUAGACUGUCAUUUGAUCAAUUUGGAAGACUGCAGCCACCGCCUGCAGCUGUUGCAACUGCAACUGCAACACCCGUUUGCCUGGCCAUGUGAUUCCUCUACGACUCGGGGUUGCUAGUGUUUAAGUCGAAGCUCUCAAUCUCACAGCAGCUGCUAUUUAUUUUUUGUAUACUCUACCCCUAACUCAAACCCACUGGCGAUAUUCUAUUGAAUGCUGCUCGAACCUUGGAGGUUAACUGCUAAUCAUUAAAAUAUUUAUUAC